AUGCUGUUGGUCCACGCGCCACCAUGGACACCUCUUCUCAAAACAUUGCUUCAUCACAAUCAUAACCAUCACUUUUCUCGCCCUUUCUUCUUCUCACUAUCUAAUUUCACAAAACCCUUUUCCAUUGCCACCCGCUUCUUCUCGCACUCUCGCCGGAGUUCAAUUCUCCCUAUGAACGGACAAGGCCUCCCCGCCAGUGGCUCCUCGCCAGAGCACUUUACUGGUGACUGGUACUCCGUGCCGGAGCUCCGGCUUCGUAAACACCGGUUCACGGUCCCUCUCGAUCACUCUCGGGGACCCCAUUCUUCUCCCAAGAUCACUGUUUUCGCUCGUGAAGUCGUUGCAGAACAUAUAAUUGAAGCCAAAGUUAUUAUGUUCCUUUCAAGGAAGAGAGGUGAGACAUAUUCUGGUUUUCAGCUACGUAAUUGGAUGGUACAACCGCUAGGUUUCAUAUUGACUGGGAAACCCUGGGUGGUUGGGAAAGAAGAGCAAAAAUUGCCAUACUUGUUAUAUUUGCAAGGUGGACCUGGGUUUGAGUGUCGGCAACCAACUGAGUCUAGUGGAUGGGUUCAGAAACGAGGAACAGGCUUAUCAACUCCCUUGACUGUGUCAUCAAUGUCGCAAUUCGAGUCUGCUGAUGAGUUAGCUGACUUCUUAGAACAUUUUCGAGCUGAUAAUAUAGUAAAUGAUGCAGAAUUUAUUCGAGUACGCCUUGUUCCAGAUGCUGGUCCUUGGACAAUUUUGGGACAGAGCUAUGGUGGAUUUUGUGCAGUCACAUAUUUGAGUUUUGCACCACAAGGACUGAAACAAGCACUUAUAACUGGAGGAAUUCCUCCAAUUGGAGGUGGAUGUCCUGCUGAUUCCGUGUACAAAGCGUGCUUUGAGCAAGCUAUACAUCAAAAUGAGAAGUACUACAAGAGAUUCCCUCAAGAUAUUAAAAUUGUUCAAGAAAUUGUUAAUUAUUUAGCUGAAAAAGAAGGAGGAGGGGUGGCCCUUCCAUCCGGGGGCUUCCUAACCCCAAGAGGGCUCCAGACUCUUGGUCUAUCUGGCUUAGGAUCCAGCUCUGGUUUUGAGAGUAUGCACUAUUUGUUUGAGAGAGCGUGGGAUCCUACUUUAGUUCCAGCAGCACCAAAGAGAAUAAGUUAUAACUUCCUAAGUUCUUUUGAAAAGUGGUUAGCUUUUGAUACCAAUCCACUCUAUGCUCUUAUGCACGAAUCCAUCUAUUGUCAGGGUUCUGCUAGUAAAUGGUCUGCCAAUAGUAUAAGAACUGAAGUUGAAGACAAGUUUGAUGCAAUUAGAGCUGCCAAAGAAGGACUCCCUGUAUAUUUUACAGGGGAGAUGAUUUUCCCAUGGAUGUUUGAUGAGAUUCAUGCAUUGAAACCAUUCAAAGAUGCAGCUCAUAUAUUGGCAGAGAAGAAGGACUGGCCCCCACUAUAUGACGUUCAGGUUCUGAAUAACAAUAAGGUACCUGUUGCUGCAGCUGUUUACUAUGAAGACUUGUACGUGAAUUUUAAGCUGGCCAUGGAAACAGCUUCUCAAAUAGCAGGGAUUAGGCUGUGGAUAACUAAUGAGUUCAUGCAUUCUGGAUUGCGUGAUGAUGGGAGCAAACGUAAAUUACGUGCCAUAGUUGUCACCAACAUCAUGAUGAUGGCAUUGGGAAGUGGAAUAUACGUAGCUCACACCGCGGCUUUCAGAUCAGAGCUUCAGCCCAUGGCACCCGACCACAUUGGUUCUUCUACUUCUUCUCGUCAAAGGGACCUCGUUUUCAUCGUCAACCCUCUAGGUGCUAAUGGGAGGACGGGUAAAGAAUGGAGGAAGCUAGUUCCAUAUCUACGAUCUCGCCUCGAUAAAGAUUGCAAUAUAUGUGAAUCCAUAACAUCAGGUCCUUGUCAUGCUAUUGACAUAACGAGAGAGGCUAUAAGGGAGGGGGCCGAUGCUGUCAUUGCUGUUGGAGGUGAUGGAACUCUUCAUGAGGUUGUUAAUGGAUUUUUCUGGGCUGGAAAACCUGUUGUUAGUCAAGUGAAAGAGUUUACGCGUUCAACUGCUCUUGGUCUCAUCCCCUUGGGAACUGGUUCUGAUUUUGCAAGAACAUUUGGGUGGAAAAAUGAUCCCCAUGAGGCUAUUGAACGUGUUGCUAGAGGGUUGAGAUCAAGUAUAGAUGUUGGUGUUAUCACUGGAGAGGGUUGCGAUCAUCAUUACUUCAUAAAUGUUGCUGACAUUAAUUUGAGUGCAAAGGCGGGUUUUUAUGCUUCUAGGUACAAGAGAUUUGGAAACCUGUGUUAUAUCAUUGGUGCAUUGCAAGCCUUCAUUGGGCAUCAGAACCAGGACCUGAGGAUCAGGUUCAAUGAUGGUCCGUGGGAGACAUGUCCUCAAGUGACAGCCCUUUGCGUUGGAAAUGCAAAAUACUUUGGUGGUGGCAUGAAAAUUACACCAAAUGCUGAUCCUUUCAGUAGAAAUUUAGAGGUUGUGAUUCUUCAGAACUUCAAGUGGUAUGAUUUUGUCUUGAAAUUACAUAGGCUAUACAGUGGGACACAUCUCUCGGUGAAAAAUGUAUCUGAUAGAAGUGUACAUUCGAUUGAGGUGGAGGACAUCUCAGGCAAGGGUGGUAUUUAUAUUCAAUCUGAUGGGGAGCAUUUGGGGUUCCUUCCAAAAAAGAUUAGUAUUCUGCCUGCUGCCAUUCAGAUGAUACUGUGA